UUACGAUAUUUCUCAUGCCGAACAGUUGAACACGCUCGGCAUUACUACCUAAUGGUUAAUUGUUUUUUUCGUUAAAAGUUUUUUAUUAAAUAAUUCAUAAUUCCAACAGUAACUAUCAUAAUAUCGUACAAAAAGAAUAAAUUAGGUACUUAUUAAAGUAUUAAUUUACCCGGUGAUUACUUAUCGUGUAUCCAUGUAAUAUGCAUUCUACAUUGUAAAUCGUACAAUUUUCAGGAUGUUUUGUUUUCAUAAAAAUUUGUUUAUAACAAUUGUUCGUCAAUAUAGUUCGUCGAAAAAAGAUGCAAAGCCCAUACGAAAUUAUUUAAAACAAAAUUCUAAAUUUUUGGAUUCAUUAAGAAUACACGUAAAAGCUGGAACUGGUGGUUUUGGUUUUCCCCGAUACGGCGGUGAGGGUGGUAAAGGAGGUGAUGUUUGUUUUGUAGCGACAGAAGGUAUGACACUGAAGGAUUUUUUGAAAAAAUGUCCACUAAAAAAAAUACGAGCAGAAAUGGGUGGUAAUAGUCAUUCUAGACGUAUACUUGGUCAAAGCGGCGAAGAUAAAAAAGUAAAUGUACCUACUGGUAUCACUGUUUAUGAUGAUAAAAAUUUGUUAAUUGGUGAGUUAAAUGAGCCAGAUUCUGAAUUAAUUGUUGCCAAAGGUGGAGAAGGAGGCAACAAAACAAAUGGAUAUUGCGGUUUAAGAGGAGAAAGCAAAUCUAUUAAACUUGAACUUAAAUUAAUUGCUGAUAUUGGUCUAGUUGGUUUUCCAAAUGCUGGAAAAUCUACAUUGCUAAAAGCUAUUUCUAAUGCCAAACCAAAAAUUGCUUCUUACCCAUUUACAACUAUAAGACCUAAUAUUGGUGUUAUGACUUAUGAUGACUUGCGACAAAUAUCAAUGGCAGACUUACCAGGACUUAUAGAAGGAGCUCAUUGUAAUAUUGGAAUGGGACAUAGAUUUCUUAGACAUGUAGAGAGGACAAAAUUACUUCUUCUUGUUGUUGACAUAAAUGGUUUUCAAUUAAAUCCCAAACAUAAAUUUCGAUCAUGUUUGGAUACAGUAGUUUUAUUAAAUAAAGAACUUGAGUUGUAUAAAGAAGAACUACUAGAUAAACCAGCUAUGUUAGUAAUUAACAAAAUGGACACUGAAGGUGCCAAAGAGAAAUAUUUAGAGAUUAAAAAUCAAUUAGAAAAUUUAGAUGAUGCUAUUUUAUCAUAUCCUGAUGAAAUUAAACCAUCUAAAGCUAUUAAAUUUGAUAAAAUUUUAAAAAUAUCAGCUAAAGAUCAGCCAGAUGAUGUACAACGAGUAAAAUCAACAGUUCGUGAACUCUUAGAUGUCAAUGAAGAAUUAAAUAAUAAUAUAGAAUAUAAAUCUUUAAAAAGUAUCAAAGAACAGUUAAGAGAACGUGGUCCUGCCCUAGUAUAAAUUAAUGUACAUUAUUUAUUUUUGAUACCAGAAUAUGUUUUGUUAUUAUUUUAAUUUAAUUAUUUUUUUUUUUAUUAU